GUAGCGGAAUCUCCACAAAGCGCAAUAAAAAAAACAAUGCGGCGAAUGCAAGCACGAAAUAAAUGAUCUCGAGCCCUUGCGUUGCGGCUUUUGUGAAGCCUUUCUCUAUAUCAGCCAGAACUGUUGCGGUAUAAAUUCCCGCGGCUUGAAAGAAGCCUUCACACAGAGAAAAUUGCUUCUUAUAUGUUCAUCGUGUAGAGAAGAAAUAAACGGCCGCAGUAUUCGUUCGUACAUUGCAUCCGUGCCGUCUAAUAUGACUGACCUACCGGCGCAAGUACAUCAGCUAUCUAGUGCUGUUGAGGCGCUUAGCAAUAAAAUCGAUACUCUUACAAGUACACCAUCCCAGCCCGUAUGGCCAACAACUAAUACGCCGGUAUGGCCAGAAAAGAAUAUGUAACGAAGACUGAUUGAUGAUAAACCAGAUUCGCUAGCAACGUCUAGCUGCGGCACGAACAAUGUCGAUUUGAGCGAUCUAACUGUGCCUACAAUUAUGCAAAACGUAAAAAAGUUUUAGCUGUAUCUGUCUGGUUUGAGCCCUCUCAUCACGGAUGCUGAUGUUCAGAAAAUUGUAUCCGGCUGUUUGAUCGUACCAGAAGCAAUGGAUGUGAUACGUUUAGUACCAAAAGGAAAAGAUGUUACUGGUUUGUCUUUCGUAUCCUACAAGGUUGGACUGAGUCCGGAAUUGAAAGGUAAAGGUAGGAUGCAUCAUCUUGGCCUGCCGGACUGCUGUUUCGACAAUUCGUUGAUCAACCAAAAAACUGGGAACGACAACCUGCGCAAUAACAACAAUAAUUUCUUCAUCUGUUGCCGUUUUGGAUUCAAAACACCCUUAAUCAAGCAUUAUGGAAGCCCCUGACCCCUCCGUCACAGUCACGAUCCCUGCUGACAUCCGCCAUCGCCAUCGUCCCGGUCCUGUGUCAGGCAAGUAUUAUCGUCAUUAUGAACGUCCGAUGCCUGAUUUCUCUUCACAUUCCAGCAUUCCGGCUCAGGUAAAGCAUAGCGAUAACGAUAUUAGAAUCUACUACCAAAACGUCCGCAGUUUGAGAACGAAAACCACCGAUCUACUGCUAGCGGAGAUAGAUAGCGGCUUUGACGUCAUAAUAAUGACUGAGACUGGUUUAGACGAAUGCAUCACUACACAACAGCUAUUCGGUUUGGCAUAUCAUGUUUUUCGUUGCGAUCGCAGCGCUAUCAACAGCUUCAAAUCCCGAUUUGGCGGUGUCCCAAUCGCUGUUUGCCGUGUCGUAGAAACCACACAUGGGCGAAAUACAGAACAAAAAACAUGUAUAAAUUUACAGCACGCACUCUAAUAUGGUUAGCUACAACAUUCGCAGCAGUAUUAUCAGAGGAUCCAUUUUCAUGUCCAGCGAAUUGGGAACUACAAGGAACGAGAUGCUUUAAAUAUUUCAGCGUAAAACAUUCAUGGGAAAAGUCCGCCGAAAUAUGCAAAAGGUACGGUGCCGAGCUUGCAACUAUAGAAUCAUUUGAAGAAAAUGAAGCCACCCGUGAAAUUGCCCUUUUUGGUGAAUCUAGAGGUAGAACUGCGAACAUGUAUUGGUUAGGUCUUGCUACUCUAGAUGACUUAAGGACUAAUACAUUAGAAUCGACAGCAGGAGGAUUGGUUUCACAAUAUUCUGGUUUCUGGUCACUUCAACAACCAGAUCCAGAAGGAGGAGAAUGUGUUGCUGCUUCUAAUGAAAAAAAUAUGCAAUCCUGGAAGCUAGAAACUUGUGAAAAUCUUUUACCGUUUAUGUGUAAACGGCCUGCCUGCCCUCAAAACUCGGUUCAGUGUUCUAAUGGUGCUUGUAUCAACCAAGCAUUCAAAUGUGAUGGCCACGAUGACUGUGGCGACGGCAGCGACGAGUUAGAUUGCCCAAAUGUAUGCCAGUUCCACAUGCAAUCUGGAGGUGAUGUUAUCGAAACACCCAGUUUUCCUCAAAAAUAUCCUGCUCUAAGCAACUGUAAGUGGACUUUGGAGGGCCCUCAGGGAACAAACAUUAUACUACAAUUUCAAGAAUUUGAUACCGAGAAAAAUUUUGACUUAGUACAAAUACUUGUUGGUGGUAGAACUGAGGAUAGAGCUAUAUCAUUAGCUACAUUAUCUGGAAAAAGUGAUUUGAGUAGUAAACCUUUCAUUACUGCCUCAAACUUUAUGAUAGUUAAAUUCACAUCAGAUGGAAGCGUCGAAAGAAAAGGAUUUAGAGCCACCUGGAAAACCGAACAUCAGAUUUGUGGCGGAACAUUACUGGCAACUACACAAAGUCAAACCCUUAACAGUCCUGGUUUUCCGAAGAGCUAUCCAGGUGGUCUGGAAUGUUUAUACAUAAUUCAAGCACAAAAUGGACGCGUGAUUUCAAUGGAAAUAAACGACAUGUAUCUUAACGACGAAAUAGACUAUAUUCUAAUUCGCGAUGGAGACAAUCCUCAUAGUAAAGCAGUAGCUCGUCUAACUGGAAAUAAAAUAGACGAUCGAAAUAAGGUUCUUAUAUCAACUGGUAAUAAAUUCUAUAUAUUCUUCAAAACAGCGUUGGGCGAAACCAAAAAAGGAUUCAGCAUAAAAUAUAUUCAAGGUUGCGUAGCGACAAUAACUAGUUUGAAUGGAACAGUUAAUUCUCCAGCUUAUGAUCUGAGCAGCUAUCCAAAUAAUCAAGAUUGUUUUUUUAAAAUUAUCAAUCCUUUGGGCGGACCACUCUCCUUACGAUUCAAAUAUUUCAAUGUUCAUAAAAGUGAUAAAGUACGGAUUUAUGAUGGUUCAUCAACAUCAGGACUGCGCUUACAUCCAUCAGAAGGUUUUACAGGAGAUGUUCUACCAAAGAUUACACUGACUGCAUCCUCUGGAAACAUGCUGAUCAAAUUUGUAACCGAUGCGUUACACAAUAAUAAAGGAUGGUUGGGUGAAUUUUCCGCUGAUUGUCCUGAAUUGAAACCUGGCAUAGGAGCUAUAGCUUCCAGUCGCGAUACAGCGUUCGGCACAGAUAUCACAUUUACGUGCCUAACUGGGCAAGAAUUCGCCACCGGUAAAAACAAAAUUGUGACAACGUGCCUAUCUGGAGGAACAUGGAGCAUCGACUAUAUUCCAAACUGUCAAGAAGUUUAUUGUGGUCCAGUUCCCCAAAUUGACAAUGGAUUCUCAAUUGGUUCAACGAAUGUGACGUAUCGAGGCAACGCAAUGUAUCAAUGUUAUGCCGGAUUCGCAUUUCCAUCAAAUGACGCAAUCGAGACCAUAUCUUGUUUAGCGGAUGGAAAUUGGGAGCGCCAACCAGCUUGUCUUGCAUCGCAAUGUCCGUUGUUACCGGAGGUGUUACACGCCAAUGUAACUAUUCUCAAUGGAGGGGGUAGAAGCUACGGUACAAUUGUUAAUUAUGAGUGUAAUUCAGGCUACCAGAGAAGUGGAAAACCUGUACUAAUAUGUAUGUCAAACGGUACUUGGAGUAGCCCUGUUCCUACAUGCACACGUAAACAAUGUCUUGAAUUCCCGGAUAUCGAAAAUGGAUUUUUUGUAGAUCGCACUCGACAUUAUGUCUUCGGAGAUGAAGCUCGAAUUCAGUGCUAUAAAGGUUAUAAGCAAAUUGGUUCCAACAUUAUAAAAUGUAAUGCAAAUCAACAUUUUGAAGAGCCACCGACAUGUGAAGACAUUGAUGAAUGCUUAACAUCACCUUGUGAUUUGGCAUCAACAGAAUGCGUGAAUACACCUGGAUCAUUCUAUUGUCAGUGUAAGACAGGAUUCUCAUCAUCUUCGGAGUGUCGACCAGUUGGUGAUUUAGGACUUGCUACAGGAGGAAUUGCAGAUAAUAGUAUAACAUCAUCUUCAACAGAGGAUGGAUAUGAUAGAGCAAUGUUGCGAUUAAACUCUGCUGGGUGGUGUGGUAAUUCAAUGGAACCAGGUGCUAAUUGGGUAAUGAUCGAUUUCAAAGCUCCAACCAUAAUCAGAGGUUUUCGGACAAUGUCGGUGCAAAGAUUCGAUGGCAGUUUGGCUUUCACAUCUGCGAUCCGAAUCCAAUAUACGAAUGAUCUAACUGAUAUAUUCAGAGAUUAUGCUAAUCCUGAUGGAACGGCAGUUGAAUUUCGAAUUCUAGAACCAACACUCUCUAUUCUCAAUUUACCAAUUCCAAUAGAGGCACGUUAUGUGCGUUUUCGGGUACAGGAUUUCAUGGUUGCUCCCUGCCUCAAAUUGGAAAUAAUGGGUUGCACACGAAUAGACUGUAUUGAUAUUAACGAAUGUUUAGAUAAAAACGGUGGUUGCCAUCAAAAGUGCAUGAACUCUCCUGGAUCAUAUUCUUGUACUUGUAACACUGGAUAUGAGCUAUAUACACAAAAUGGAACUGCCGGAUUCGACAUUGCCAAUACUGAAUCGGGUGAGCGCGAUGGAGAUGUAUUUCAACUCAAUAAAUCCUGUGUUCCUUUGAUGUGUCCUACAUUGAACGCUCCUGAGCAUGGAAAGCUACUGACAGAUAAAAUAAAACAUCAUCUAGGAGAUGUUGUACAGUUUCAAUGUGAUUUCGGUUUUGUAAUAUCUGGAAGUUCGACACUUCUCUGUAUGCCAUCAGGAAAAUGGAAUGCUAGCAUUCCAGAAUGUAUAUAUGCUAAAUGUGUUUCUCUUCCUGACGACAAAACUGAGGGAUUGAUGAUAGUUCGUCAAGACAAAGAGAGUAUCUUAAUUCCUUUCCGAGAGAAUGUAACUCUUAUAUGUAAUUCACCCGGUCGGAAGCUUAGAAAUUCAAUAUCAGCAAAUUUCAGACAGUGUGUAUAUGACCCCAAACCGGGAUAUCCUGAUUAUUGGCUUUCUGGAGCUACUCCAUCAUGCCAACGAGUUGACUGUGGUGAGCCGAUGCCAACACCCGGUGCAGAAUACGGACAACGAAGUGACACAAGGUUUCAGAGUUCUUUCUUUUUCGGCUGCCAGAAUACAUUCAAACUAGCGGGACAGAGUGCCAAAAAUGAUAACGUUGUACGCUGUACAGAAGAAGGAAUUUGGGAUUUUGGAGAUUUGCGUUGUGAAGGACCAGUCUGUGAAGAUCCUGGCAGACCCAAUGACGGCUAUCAAAUCGCUAAAAGCUACGAGCAAGGUUCCGAAAUAUUAUUUGGAUGCUCUAGACCGGGAUAUAUAUUAAUAAAUCCGCGGCCAAUUUCGUGUAUUAGAGAACCAGAAUGUAAAGUAAUAAAACCGCUGGGAAUAUCGUCAGGUCAAAUUCCUGAUAGUGCAAUUAAUGCUACUUCAGAAAGGCCAAACUAUGAAGCUAAAAAUAUUAGAUUGAGUUCAGUUACUGGAUGGUGUGGAAGACAAGAAGCAUUUACAUACGUUAGCGUAGAUUUGGGAAAAGUUAACCGCAUAAAAGCAAUACUCGUAAAAGGUGUAGUAACUAAUGAUAUUGUUGGGCGGCCUACGGAAAUACGAUUCUUUUACAAACAAUCGGAGAAUGAAAAUUAUGUUGUUUAUUUCCCUAAUUUUAAUUUGACAAUGCGCGAUCCAGGAAAUUACGGAGAACUGGCUAUGAUAACUUUACCAAAGUUCGUUCAAGCGCGCUUCGUGAUUCUUGGCAUAGUAAGCUAUAUGGAUAACGCUUGUCUUAAAUUCGAACUGAUGGGAUGUGAUGAGCCAAUCGUUGAAUCUUUGUUGGGGUACGAUUAUGGAUAUUCACCAUGUGUUGAUAACGAACCUCCAGUGUUUCAAAACUGUCCUCAACAACCAAUAAUUGUGAAACGUGAUCAUAAAGGUGCAAUAUUACCAGUUAAUUUUACUGAACCUAUGGCGGUAGAUAACUCAGGAUCUAUAGCUAGAUUAGAAGUAAAACCACAAAGCUUUAAGACUCCUUCCUAUGUUUUCCAAGACACUAUUGUCAAAUACGUUGCUUUUGAUUACGAUGGAAACGUUGCAAUUUGUGAAAUUAACAUAACAGUUCCCGAUAUUACUCCACCUUCUUUAAAUUGCCCACAGAGCUUCGUGAUUGAACUACUUGAUAAACAGGACAGCUAUUUUGUGCAAUUCAAUGAAACUAAAAAACGAAUAAAAGUUUCCGACAACUCAGGAGAAGUUUCAAUUGAAUACAUGCCUGAAAGCGCUACUAUUCCAAUAGGAGCAUUCGAAAAUGUUACUGUGAUCGCUACUGAUCGUUUCAAUAAUAAAGCUCAAUGUAAUUUUCAAGUGGCUGUGCAAGCAACACAAUGCGUUGAUUGGGAUCUAUUGCCCCCCAGCAAUGGGGAAAUAAAAUGUAAAUCUAGCGAUAUCGGUGUGGAAUGCAUCGCUUCGUGUAAACCAGGCUACAGAUUUACAGACUCGGAUCUUGUUAAAAAGUUUUCAUGUGAAACAAAACGACUAUGGAAACCAACGUCUAUAGUUCCAGAUUGUGUUUCCGAAAACACUCAGCAAGCAGACUACCAUGUCACAGCAACCACGAUAUAUCGAGCAAACGGAGUCGUAGCUGAAUCUUGCCUACCACAAUAUCAAGAACUGCUUGAGAAAUAUUAUCCUAAUCUGAACAAAAUAUUAUCUCAGCGCUGUUCAGCAGUGAACGUUAACAUGAAUGUUUCAUUCAUUAAAUCUUUACCUAAACUGCUCGAAGAAAAUAUGAUACAAAUUGACUUCAUUCUAUCGAUAAUUCCUGCCAUCAAACAACCGCAGUUGUAUGAUCUUUGUGGAUCCACGCUUCAUUUGAUAUUCGAUUUAAGCGUCCCAUAUGCUAGUGCUGUAAUUGAGCCAAUCUCAAAUGUAUCGGCAAUUGGAAACUCAUGUCCUCCACUAAGGGCAUUAAAAAGUUCUAUCGCACGUGGAUUCACAUGUUCUGCUGGAGAAGUUCUUAACAUGGAUACAAAUGAUGUGCCAAGAUGUUUACAUUGUUCAGCUGGAACAUAUGCUGGUGAAAAUCAAAAAAUUUGUACACCAUGCAUGAAAGGUUACUAUCAAAACAGAGGACGUCAAGAAUCGUGCCUUAAAUGUCCUUCAGGAACCUACACUAAGGAAGAUGGGUCGAAAAGUAUCAAAUCUUGCAUUCCAGUCUGCGGCUAUGGAACCUACUCACCUACUGGAUUAGUGCCAUGUUUAGAAUGUCCAAUCAAUUCUUUUUCCGGAAAUCCACCCACAGGUGGAUUCAAAGACUGUCAGGCAUGUCCAGUCAACACAUUCACUUUUUAUCCAGCUGCACAAUCUGUAGAACAAUGUCGAAAAAAAUGUUCACCAGGCCAAUACUCAGCAACAGGUCUCGCGCCUUGCUCACCUUGCCCCAAAAAUUUUUAUCAAAAUCUUGAAGGAAUGCAGACUUGUAAUGAAUGUCCUACAGGAAUGAAAACUGAUAGCACAGGAGCUAUAGGAAGGGACGAAUGUAAACCAGUGAUGUGUAAUGAAAAUUCAUGCCAACACGGUGGUUUGUGCGUGCCAAUGGGCCAUGAUGUACAGUGUUUCUGUCCAGCUGGAUUUUCAGGCCGGAGAUGUGAAAUUGAUAUUGAUGAAUGUGCUUCGCAACCCUGUUAUAACGGAGGCACUUGUAACGAUUUACCUCAAGGCUAUAAAUGCAUUUGUGCUCAAGGGUAUUCCGGUAUAAACUGUCAAGAAGAAAAAAGCGAUUGCAGUAAUCGCACAUGUCCUUCAAGAGCAAUGUGUAAAGAUGAACCUGGCUACAAUAAUUACACUUGUCUUUGUCGUAGUGGGUAUACUGGUGAUGAAUGUGAUAUCACUAUUGAUCCAUGUACAGCCAGCGGCAAUCCAUGCAAAAACGACGCGACUUGUGUUGCUCUUCAGCAAGGUCGAUUCCAAUGCCAAUGUCUGGCUGGUUGGGAAGGACAGUUAUGUGAAAUAAAUACUGAUGAUUGCGCCGAAGCACCUUGUCUUCUAGGCGCAAACUGUACUGAUCUUGUCGAUGAUUUCAUUUGUAACUGCCCAAAUGGUUUUUCAGGAAAAAGAUGCCAAGAGAAAAUUGAUUUAUGUUUGUCCGAACCAUGCCAUCAUGGAUUAUGUGUAGACAGAUUUUUCUAUCACGAGUGUGUUUGCUUGCCUGGAUGGACUGGUGAGUCGUGUAAUGUAAACAUAAACGAAUGCACAAGCGAUCCAUGUCAGAACAAUGGAGACUGUAUUGACAUGAUAGAUGAUUAUCAGUGCAGUUGCGAACCUGGAUAUACGGGAAGAAAUUGUCAACACUAUAUUGAUGACUGUGCCAGUAAACCGUGUCAGAAUGGAGCUACUUGUGUAGAUCAACUAGAUGGCUUCCAUUGCAAAUGUAGGCCUGGUUUUGCUGGUCUACAAUGUGAAACUGAAAUUGAUGAAUGUUUGAGUGAUCCCUGCAAUCCGACAGGAACAGAGCGAUGUAUCGAUGAGGAUAAUGCAUUCCUUUGCUCUUGCAGGGAAGGUUUCACAGGAGAGUUUUGCGAAACAGAUAUCGACGAUUGUCAGGGUACUCCAUGUUUGAAUGGAGGUACAUGCUUCGAUCGAGUGGGUAUUUAUGAAUGUAAAUGUCCUUCGGGUUGGAACGGGUAUCAAUGUGAGCGAUUAAUAACGACUUGUGAUUCUGCUUAUCCGUGUAAAAACGAUGCCCGCUGUAUUGAUUUGUUCGAAGAUUAUUUUUGCGUAUGUCCCAGUGGAACCGAUGGAAAGCAAUGCGAGACGGCACCUGACAGGUGUAUUGGAAAUCCUUGUAUGAAUAGAGGUCAAUGUAAAGAUUAUGGCUCAGGAUUAAACUGCUCUUGCUCAGCAGACUAUACUGGCAUUGGCUGUCAGUAUGAGUAUGAUGCCUGUGAAGCUAAGGUUUGUAAAAACGGAGCACAUUGUAUUGAUCAUGGCUAUGGAUACAAAUGUGUUUGCCCUCCUGGAUAUACCGGAUCAAAUUGUGAUCAAGAUAUUGUUGAUUGCAAAGACAACUCAUGUCCUCCUGGAGCUACAUGUAUAGAUCUUACUGAAGGAUUUUACUGUCAAUGUCCCUUUAAUUUGACAGGAGAUGACUGCCGAAAAUCAAUUCAAGUGGAUUACGAUUUACACUUCACCAACCCUCUACAAUCAUCAGCUGCACAAGUGGUACCAUUCUAUACUGGAUCUCCCGAUAGUUUUACUUUUGCACUAUGGGUACAAUUCGGGCAAAAGGAUGAUACAGGAAUAUUUGCCUCCCUUUACGCCGUCAAGUGA